AUGAUGAGUAAGAGUUCAAGCAAGAAGAAGUCCACACCCGGUGACCAUGGCUUCAUUGACAUUAUAUUUUCCUGGUCCCUCGAAGACAUAUUCAAUGAAGAUCUUUACAAGGACAAGGUGAAACAUAUUGAUCAAUCAUUCGAUUCUGUUAACCAUUAUUUUGGGUCCUUUGUGUACCCGUUGUUGGAAGAAACUCGAGCACAAUUGUUCUCAAGUAUGGAAAUCUUAUCCAGUGCACCUUUUGCAGAAGUAAUUUCUCUUCAGGAGGCCAAAUCAUAUGAUAAGAUACUCUAUAAUGUUAGAACUGACACCUGGAAAAAUAGGUUCUCUGGUCAUGGAAAAGAGCUAUACAAAACAUUGAGUGGAGAUAUUUUUGUUUUGGCGGAUUUCAAACCUGAAACUUUCAAUGAUUUGCUAAGGGAAGGAAGGAUGUGGACUUUUGUAUUGUCAUCUGGGAUUGCAGACGAGAAUAUCGAGGAUGAUGGUACCGAAGUUAUGUCUGCCUUUAAAGUCAUUGCUUCUAAAAACAUUGACCUCAAUGAAGUAGGGCAAAAAUCUUUGUUUAUAGUAUUUUUGACAAAUAUAAUCCCCAACAGAAGAAUAUGGAAUGCACUGCACAUGUCUGGAAAUUCGAAGCUAAUCAAGAAAAUUUUAUGUGCUGGUGAUGUUGAGGAAAGUUGUGAUUACUGCUCUCUGCAGACUUAUGAUGAUAUAACAUGUCAAAGGUUAUCAUCUGAAUUGAAUGAGUCCCAAUAUAAGGCAAUUUGUGCUUGCCUUUCUUCCUUACACUGUAAUCAUAGGUCUACUGUGGAUCUCAUUUGGGGUCCACCUGGAACUGGAAAGACGAAAACUUUGGGUACACUGCUUUUUGCUCUGUUGAAGAUGAACUAUAGGACUCUUGUCUGUGCCCCAACAAAUGUUGCCAUUAAAGAAGUGGCAUCGCGUGUCUUGAGCAUGGUGAGAGAAUCAUUUGAUAGAAAAUCUGAUGCCUUGUCCUGUGCAUUAGGGGACAUCCUAUUAUUUGGGAAUCAUGAGCGGCUCAAAGUUGGUGUGGACAUUGAAGACAUAUAUUUGGAUUAUCGUGUUGAGAAGCUGACAAGGUGCUUUGCACCACUUACUGGUUGGAGAUGUUGUUUUGGUUCAAUGAUUGAUCUUCUUGAAAACUGUGUUUCCCAUUAUCAUAUAUACAUUGAAAAUGAGUUGAGAAAGGAGCAAGACCACAUUGAUGAUAAUAAUAUUUCUAAUACAAAAGGUGAUGACCCUUCAGAUUGUAGUGAGAGGAUGUGCAAAUCUUUUCUGGAGUUUCUGAGAGAAAGGUUUCUUUCUAUAGUAUUGCCACUCAGAAACUGUAUUUCUGACUUGUGUACUCAUAUAGCCAGAAGUUACAUUUUGGAACAUAACUUCGAAGGUUUGGUCUGCCUUAUUCACUCUCUUGAUUCGUUCAAAGCUUUGUUGUUUCAAAGUAAUGUCAUUUGUGAAGUAUUGGAAGAGCUUUUUUCUCCUACAGAAAAGCAAUAUAGUUCUUUUGAGUCAUUUGGGGGUGGCGAAUACUUAUUGUGCAAGAACAGAUCUGAAUGCCUGUCUUCUUUAAGAACCCUUAAAGGUUCACUUGGUGAACUUAACCUGCCGAAUGUUUUGAACCAAGAAUCAAUUAGAGAGUUCUGUUUACAAACAUCCUCAUUAAUAUUCUCCACUGCUUCUAGUUCCUUUAAGCUUCAUUCUGUUGACAGGAAGCCACUAAAUGUUUUAUUGAUUGAUGAAGCUGCACAGUUGAAGGAAUGUGAAUCAAUCAUACCUUUACUACUUCCAGACAUAAACCAUGCCAUUCUUGUUGGAGAUGAAUGCCAGCUACCAGCAAUGGUGGAAAGUAAUGUUUCUUUUGAAGUUGGUUUUGGAAGAAGCUUAUUUGGGAGGCUGAGCUCAUUGGGUCAUCCAAAUCACUUUCUAAAUAUACAGUACAGGAUGCAUCCAGCAAUAAGUUCCUUUCCAAAUUCACAGUUCUAUUUAAACCAAAUUCUUGAUGCUUCAAAUGUUGUGAGAAAGAACUAUAGAAAGCAAUAUCUCCCAGGGCCAAUGUUUGGUCCCUAUUCCUUUAUAAACGUAGUUGGUGGCAGUGAAGACUUCGAUGAUGCUGGGCGAAGCCGGAAAAAUAUGGUUGAAGUUGCAGUUGUGAAGAGAAUAAUUCGAAAUUGUUUUGAAGCAUGGCGUGUCUCGAAGGAGAACCUCAGUAUAGGUAUAGUGUCUCCAUAUGCUGCCCAAGUGCUUGCGAUUCAGGAUAUCCUUGGACAAAACUAUGAUAGGAAUGAUGGAUUUGAUGUGAAGGUGAAAACAAUUGAUGGUUUCCAGGGUGGAGAGCAGGACAUUAUUAUAUUAUCAACUGUAAGAACUAAUGCCAGUACUUCACUUAAGUUCAUCUCCAGUCAACAGAGGACUAAUGUUGCUCUUACAAGGGCUAGGUACUGUUUGUGGAUUUUGGGAAAUGAAAGGACCCUCACAAAUGAGGAAAAUGUUUGGAAAGCUUUGGUGCUUGAUGCUAAAAAACGUCAAUGUUUCUUUAAUGCGGAUGAAGACAAGGAUCUGGCUAAAAGUAUCUGGAAUGCCAAGAAAGAGCUAGAUCAAUUGGAUGAUUUGCUUAAUGCAGAUAGUGUCCUUUUCAGAAAUUCCAGGUGGAAGGUUCUUUUCAGUGAUAACUUCCUAAAAUCAUUUAAAAAACUGCGUGCAGAGCGGACAAAGAAAUCAGUUGUUAGCCUCUUACUCAAACUUUCUGGUGGGUGGAGACCUAAAAGGAUGAAAGUGGACUUACUUUGUGGAAAUUCAUCACAAAUAUUGAAGCAAUUCAAAGUUGAAGGUCUUUACAUUGUUUGUUCAAGAGACAUAAUAAAAGAAUCACGCUAUACUCAAAUUUUGAAGAUAUGGGAUGUACUGCCUCUAGAGGAAAUACCUAAACUAGUUAAGCGUCUUGAUGGUAUAUUUGGAAGCUACACCGACGAUUAUAUAAGUCGCUGUAGUGAGAAAUGUUAUGAGGGGAAAAUUGAGGUCCCAUUGAGUUGGGAAAGGUCAGUAGAUAUCAUCAAAUUUAAGAAUCUUGAUACUAAUGGAAAUGAAGCCGAAUUAAGUGGUUGGGAUCAAAGAAUUUAUGUUGAGAAUUCAAAGGUUGAGGAAAGUUUGUUAUUGAUGAAAUUCUACUCCUUAUCAUCAGGUGUAGUUAGCCACUUGCUUUCUGAUCGUGAAGGUAAUGAAUUGGAUCUUCCAUUUGAAGUAUCAGACGAAGAACGUGAGAUAAUUUUGUUUUCUAAAAGUACAUUUGUAUUGGGUCGCUCUGGUACUGGUAAAACUACUGUUUUGACCAUGAAGUUAUUUCAAAAGGAGAAGUUGCACCAUAUGGCUGUUGAAGCCUCAUAUGGUAUUAAGAGUGCUCCAGUUCCUUGUAUGAAUCAUGAAAAAGAGUAUGAAGAGAGUUCUUCUGUGAAUGACAGGCCUGUCUUGCGCCAGUUAUUUGUAACAGUGAGUCCUAAACUAUGUCAAGCGGUAAAGCAUCAUGUUGUUCGAAUGAAAAGAUCCAUAUGUGGUGGGGAUAUUUCUACUGAAAGCAGUUCAAUCGAGGAAGAUAUUAAUAUACCAGAUUCUUUUGUUAAUCUUCCAACCAACUCAUAUCCACUUGUAAUAACGUUUCAGAAGUUUCUAAUGAUGCUUGAUGGGACUUUGGGGAAUUCUUUUUUUGAAAGAUUUAGUGACCAAUCCUCUCAUAGUCAGAACCUUGGUGUAAGAUCUGUUGCUUUGGAGACCUUUGUAAGGAAGAAGGAGGUGACUUAUGACAGAUUUGAUUCAUUAUAUUGGCCCCAUUUCAAUUCCCAAUAUACUAAGACGCUAGAUUCCUCCAGAGUGUUCACUGAAAUCAUUUCUCAUAUAAAAGGGGGUAUACGAGCUGUUGAGUCUGGUGAUGGUAAGCUAAGCCGUGAGGAUUAUCUUUCCUUAUCUAUAAACCGAGCCUCAAGUUUAGUCAAGGAGAAAAGAGAGGUCAUAUAUGACAUUUAUCAGAGUUAUGAAAAAAUGAAGAUGGAUAAAGGGGAUUUUGAUUUGGCUGAUAUUGUAAUAGACAUUCAUCAUCGACUCAAAAUUGAAAGAUAUGAGGGUGAUGAGAUGCAGUUUGUAUAUAUUGACGAGGUGCAAGAUCUAACCAUGAGUCAAAUUGCUUUAUUUAAAUAUGUGUGCCAAAAUGUUGAAGAAGGUUUUGUUUUUUGCGGUGAUACAGCACAAACCAUUGCAAGGGGAAUUGAUUUUAGGUUCCAAGAUAUAAAAUCUUUGUUUUACAAGAAGUUUGUGCUAGAAUCAAAGAGAAGCACAUAUGGCCAAGGAAAGGAGAAAGGGAAAAUUUCAGAAAUUUUUUUAUUGAAUCAGAACUUUCGUACUCAUGCUGGAGUGCUGAAAUUAUCCCAGAGCAUUAUUGAGCUUCUUUUUUGUUUUUUUCCUCAUUCUAUUGAUGUUUUGAAGCCUGAGACUAGUUUGAUAUAUGGGGAAGGUCCAGUUGUUCUUGAAUGUGAAAAUAGAAAAAAUGCAAUUGCUACUAUUUUUGGCAGUAGUGGACAUGUGGGUGGGAAAAUUGUUGGCUUUGGAGCUGAGCAAGUAAUUUUGGUACGAGAUGAUUUUGCUCGUAAGGAAAUUUUAGACUACAUAGGGAAACAGGCUCUUGUUUUAACCGUUUUAGAGUGCAAGGGCCUUGAGUUUCAGGAUGUAUUGCUGUACAACUUUUUUGGCUCUUCACCCCUGAAAAAUCGAUGGAGGGUGAUAUAUGAGUAUAUGAAGGAACAAGAUAUGCUACAACCUACAGAACUUAAGUCUUAUCCAAGUUUCAAUGAUUCCAAACACCAUAUUCUGUGCUCUGAGCUUAAGCAGCUAUAUGUGGCUAUAACUCGUACAAGACAGAGAUUGUGGAUUUGUGAGAAUACAGAGGAGUUCUCUAGACCUAUGUUUGACUAUUGGAAAAAGAAGGGUCUUGUACAAUUUAAAGAACUGGAUGAUUCACUUGCUCAGGCAAUGAAAGUUGCAAGUAGUCCAGAAGAAUGGAGGUCACGUGGCAAAAAGCUAUUUUAUCAAAAUAAUUACGAGAUGGCAACAAUGUGUUUUGAAAGAGCAGGGGACUCUUAUUGGGAGAGAAAGUCUAAGGCUGCUGGUCUUAGGGCAGGAGCAAAUCGUUUGCAUGAUUUGAAUCCUGAGGAUGCAAAUGCAAUGCUUAGGGAAGCUGCUGAAAUUUUUGAAGCAAUAGGAAUGGCUGAUUCUGCUGCGCAGUGUUUUUCUGAUUUGGGGGAUUAUGAAAGAGCUGGGAAGCUUUAUUUGGAGAAAUGUGAAGAGCCUGAUUUGAAAAGAGCAGGGGAUUGCUUUUAUUUAGCUGGAUGUUAUGAAAUUGCAGCUCAAGUGUAUGCUAGAGGCAGUUUCUUCUCGGAUUGUUUGACUGUUUGUGCAAAAGGAGAAUUGUAUGACAGUGGUUUAUCUUACAUUCAGCACUGGAAACAAAAUGAAAGUGCUGGCCAUGGUAUGGCUAGAAGUCAUGAACUAUACACAAUAGAACAGAAGUUUCUGGAAAGUUGUGCUCGUAAUUAUUUUGAUCGUAAAGAUACCAGAUCCAUGAUGAAAUUUGUUAGAGCUUUUCAUUCGAUGGAUUUGAAGCGUGAGUUCUUACGACAAUUAAGUUUACUUGAUGAGCUUCUUGUGUUAGAAGAGGAAUCAGGGAACUUUAUGGAGGCAGCAAACAUUGCUAAGAUGAUGGGUGAUAUUCUAUGUGAGGCUGACCUGCUGGGAAAAGCUGGUAAAUUUGUGGAAGCUUAUGAACUUGUGCUUUUCUAUGUACUUGUGCAUUCUCUUUGGUCUGCAGGAAGCAAAGGAUGGCCCUUAAAGCAGUUUGCACAGAAGGUUGAGCUUUUGGGAAGAGCAUUGUCAUUUGCAAAGGAAGAGUCAAACAGCUUUUACGAGCUUGCGUCUAUAGAAACUGAAAUAUUAUCAAAUGAGCAUAGUAAUAUUUUGGAGGUAAUGAUUCAUUUGAAAUCUUCUCGCAAGUAUGGGAUCGUCGGAGGUGAAAUAUUAUGUUUAUGGAAACUUUUGGAUGCUCAUUUUCAACUGAACUCCUCCAAGUAUGUCUGGCGAGACAAUAUGUUCAAUGAUUCUGUGGAAGAAAUUAUUUUGAAGAAUCAGCUUUCUGUGGAGACACUGUUUUACUGUUGGACAUGUUGGAAGGAUAACAUAGUUCAUAUAUUGGAAUAUCUUCCAAGUUUAAAAUCCCAUGACAUUCACCAAAACAACAGUUAUGGGAAGUUUGCAUUGAAUUUUUUGGGUGUUCAAAAGCAAAUUUCUAAUCGAAAUGACGUCUACCUUUUGCUCAUCCCUGAUGCUAACUGGGUGAUAAAAUUGGGUGACAGAUCUCUAAAGAAGAAUGGAAGGCUGGUUUUUGUUGACGUUCAAUCUUUCGUUUCUGCUGCUGAGAGCUAUUGGCGUUCAGAAUUGGUUUCUGUUGGCAUGGAUGUCUUGCGCAACCUUGAUGCACUCUACAAGUUGUCAGUCAAUAGAGAUCUUUCUGAAUUUUGUCAAUUCAGGUCUUUGAUGCUUAUCUAUGAGGUCUCAAAAUUUCUCCUUGAAUCCAAAUGUUUUAGCCGCAGCUUUAAUAACUUAAAAACAUUGGAGAAUUAUCGCAGACAUCCAAUUGAUCAUUUCUUUCGCUAUGUAGUUCCUCUAGACUGGAAGAAAUCGCUGUCAAAAGACAUGGUUUCCCUUAGGUUAACUGAGGCUUGUGAGGAUUUGAGGGAAGAGGUCAUCUAUGAAAACAUUAAACCAAAAGGUAAGCUAACUUAUGGUCAAAUUGGAAGGGUGGCAGUUAUGAUUCUUGGUACCGCUAAUCCGAAAAAUGAACUGUGUGUGGAGAUCAUAAAAAGAUUUGAAGAUAAUCCUCCCUGGAAAGAGUUCAUUCAGAGCUUGCAGUGGAAUUCAGCAACUGAAAUUUCACAAGGCAAUAAAGCAGGUAAAGAGCUGCAUCGCAUAUAUAAGUUUUAUGAAGCUUUGCGGUAUACUUACAAUGUGAACUGGACAAAGGAAGUUGACUAUAUAUCUCCAAGUUGUUUUAUGUAUCUCAUUGAACGCCUUCUGCUCUUCACAUCUUGCCGGAAGGGGUUCAUUUUUGCCUCAAAGUCAUCUUUUGUUGAAUGGCUUAUUUACCAGGAUGAAAAUUCCCUUCUGAAUUUGAGUUUAUUGGCUGAGGUGCAUCCAAAUGUAGAAGAUGUCCAUAAGUUCAUUGCCUAUGUCCUCCGUGAGUUUCUUUAUAAUCAAAAUGAUACCAAAAAUUGGAUUAAAGAAUCAAAACUAAAUGUGAAGUAUUAUUUUCCGUUGUUUGUUCUGAGAUCAGUUGUUUUGAUAUGUUUGCUUCACCUCAGCUCUGGUAAAUAUUUAGAGUUACUUCACGAGUUGUUGAGGAAGAGCCAAGUGACCACUCAACUGCCACUGGAAUUUUAUAAUGUUCUUCAGAAAGGAAGGAAGCGCCUGGGUUUGAAAGUCUUCGCUGAGGCAUUUAAAAUGAUUGACAAUCCCUUGGUAGUUGUCAGGUUAUGGAAUAACUCUUCAGAAAUUUUAUGUCCAGAUGCUGUAUUUGUGGAUUUCAAGAUAUGCCAGCAAAGAGAGCUCAUAUUACAAGUAUUGUUUCCUAAUACUGUUGACAAUGUGGGUGGGGAAACUGAAGCAGUUAUAGUAGAAGCUUCUGGCUCAACAUCUAAUGAGUUUCCUUCAACAAACUGUUCCAGUGUUCCAAAUAACAGUUCUACUCCUGUUUCAAAUCAGACAUCUGAUAGUGGGAUGAAAUAUGAAAUUAACAUGUCUGCGAACGCUGACUACUUCUGGGAUUUGUUGGAAAAUAUGCAGUUGGCAGUUGAUGAAUCAAGUCUCAAUAUGGUGUCGAUAAUAAUAAAGGAAUUUUUGGAUCCUUGCAUUGAACUUUUGAUUUCUUCAAUAUCUGGAAGCUUGUCAGAGAACCCUGUUAACCUUGAAAACAAAACUGAAUUGGAGGAGGUGGUAACCUUGCUUGAUGAAAUGAAGCAACUUUCUUCAGCAUUGAGUGUGAAUGAUUUGGUGAUUGAGAAUCUUAUUCCAGUGAUUGGUGAACUUGCUAAGAAAAUUCUUUUAAGACGACCAAAAGUAGCGCAUGUCUUGAAUCAGCUGGUGUUGAUAAACAAGAAGAAUAGCAAUGUUGAGUAUGAGACAUCACAAGCCAGCAUGGAAGCAGGCAAUGAUGACCAAGGGCAAAAUGAUUUGGAGGAAUCCAAAGAUAACAUGUCCAAGAAUUCCCAAGGUGCCAUCAACUCAGGAAGUGGAAACACGAGGGAAAAUAUCAAAGGGAAGAAAAACAAAUCCAAGAAAAGCAAGGGAGGAAAAAAGGGUAGGAAGUGAAAUUGCACUUAUGGGAUCCUGUCAAGUUUUUUUUGGUAAAUGUAGAUGUUGUUGUGGUCUGUGUUGAAACUUCAAACUGUCUAGU